UCGCAGGUGCGCUUGCUGGGCAUAGUAACCAAAGUGCGACUAUAGUCAACAUUCGCGUUCUCAAUUGUCCCUCUUCUCACUAGAGUCACCACCGUUCUCCGUCGGCGGCGUUCUUCUCCUCCUCCACAUCUCGUAAUGGAAGAGAAGCCUUCAACGAUGAGUUCCUCUCCCACCUCCAGCAAUUACACCACCAAGACCACACAAGAACUCGCCAUUGAAGGCCAAAAACACCUCGAGGAAACAGUCGAAUCCGCCUUCCUCAUCCUCUCCGCGAUGAACGACGAGCUCUGCAACCCCAACCUUUGGUCCACGACCUCCUCCGCCACUUCCGCCGCCGUCUCGGCCUCGGGUCCUCCUAACACCACUAGUGGUGGUGGGACCACCAGUAUGAGUAACGGGCACCAUUCCAACACCGACGUAUUGUCGGACUCAUCUUCUGCGUCUUCCUCCGCUUCUGCGUCUCAUUCUCAUCCUCAGCAUCAUAAUAGCUUUGAUAUCGGUGGCGGGGCGCUUGACGAAGCUAGACUGCAGUAUAAGUCCUCCGUUGCGUCAUUACGGUCUGUCCUCAUCGCAAUUUCGAAUUCCCAGAAGGUUAAGCUAUCAGAAGGAGUUCCAACAAGUACUUCACUAUCUCCAGCUGAUCAAAUAGAAAUAGAGAAGCUUGAAGAGAAGGCCUCUAUCUUAAGAAAGGAACUUGCAGUCAAGAACAAAUAUCUCAAGAUUCUGAUGGAUCAGCUUCGUAAUCUUCUAGCUGAUAUCUCUACUUGGCAAAGUCCUUGUGCAGCAUGAGGGUAAUUAGGUGUUUAUUAAUCAAGCGAAGAGAGAUGUGCACAAGGGAGUCAAGAGUGGAACUCUUUGAUGGUUGCUGAAGCAGAUGGAGCAUACAAUGAGUAUUUGACUUCUAUGUGGAUUAGUGUUUCAUCUGGCCGUUUAUACAAGUGACCUUCGAUUGGAUAAGGAAACAUCACGAGCAACAUCACUUGUAACCUUUUGUCAAGGAAUUUGUCUCUUGACCGAUGUUUCACGUGUUGUUAGUUUUUCCUUUCCUCAUUUGAUCCAGGUUGUAUGGUGAUCGGACAGUUACUGAAAAAAUUCGAUACUUAUUUAUUGAUUUGUGUUGGAAGAACAUUCCUUACGAGGAGAUCUUAAAAGUUGGAUGAGGCAGAAACAAGGUAUGUAAUGUUAUUUUGAACUGAAUCA